ACAAGCAGUUGUGGUAGAUCAAGCAGGCUGAUGUGCUGGUAUCGAAUCUACCCGUUCUUCUGUCAUUGCACUUGAACAUCUUCAAACCGACGCCUGCUGAACGACAAUGGACAAGCAUAUCGUCAACGAUCCCCGUCUCCUCGCGCUUGAAGCCGCCCAGGGUCUUGCGCGGACUCGGCCUGGCCUCCUGGUCGACCCCAAGAACAGGAUCAUCACCAGAGAACACGAUCACGUCGGUAUCGUAUCUGGAGGAGGAUCUGGACAUGAGCCCUCUUUCGGAGGCAUGGUGGGUCGAGGGCUGCUCAGCACCGCCGUCGCUGGAAACAUCUUUGCCAGUCCCAAUGUUGGGCAGAUCAGGCGCGGGAUUCAGCUCGCCAACAAGGGAAAGGGCGUCUUGAUCAUCAUCAUGAGAUACACUGGUGAUGUUCUUCACUUUGGUCUCGCCAAGGAACAAAGCUCGGUCUCCCACCCCGAUGUUCCCACACAUUUGCUCAUCGUCGGCGACGAUGUCGCGGUACCCCGUUCGCAGGGAUCGAUCACCGGUAGACGAGGACUCGCUGGUACUGUCCUCGUUCACAAAGUCGCGGGAUCCGCUGCAGCUCAGGGUAAAGACUUCGACAGCGUCAAGCGAAUUGCGUCCCUAGUCUCAGAGCGGAUCGGCACCAUUGGAAGUGGCCUAGGACAUUGCAGUCUUCCCGGAUCGACUGGGUCUGGGGACGAUCAUCAUCUCAAGUCGGAUGAGAUCGAGAUCGGUAUGGGUAUUCACAAUGAACCCGGCGUCAAGACUAUGAAGCUGCCCAAAACGCCCGAACUUAUUCGCCUGAUGCUGGAUUACAUCACUGUGACCACCGACCCGGAGCGAUCUUUCUUGCCGUUCGAGAACGACGGGACCGAUGAGGUGGUGCUCCUGGUGAACAAUCUCGGAGGUCUUAGCGAGAUGGAGCUGUCCGCCAUCGCUGGAGAGGCGUUACUUGCUCUCGAGGAACGGGGUAUCAAGGUCGUCAGGGUUGGAGCCGGGCGAUACAUGACCUCGAUCAAUCUCCCUGGAUUCUCCUUGACUCUGUUGCUCCUUCCUCGCGAAGACGACAAUAAGGUUUCAGCGUCAGACAUCGUAUCUCUGCUUGACGCUCCCACCGAUGCACCCGGUUGGAUUUCCAUCUUCGAACCGCGGUCUGUUGACGCUCUGACGAUCCAAGACGAGCACGAGGGGGAGACCCUGGUGAAGAACAGCGGCAGUCCCGUAUCAUACGACUAUACCUCUUUCGAGCGAGCUCUCGAUGCGGCUUGUCGACACGUGAUAGAGGCCGAGCCCGAGAUUACUAGGUUUGAUACUAUCGCCGGUGACGGAGAUUGUGGCACUUGUCUUAAAGCGGGAGCUGAGGAAAUCCUGCGACUGUUACAAUCGGGAGAGGUCGACAAGAAAGACCUGAUAUCCGCCAUCGCGACUCUUGCAGAGGGCAUUGAGAGGGUUAUGGACGGCACUUCAGGAGCUUUAUAUAGCAUCUGGAUGAACGCGCUCGCCGGAGGUUUCACCAAUGCGGGAUCCGCUUCAUCUGCCGCCUGGGGCAAAGCAUUGUCGCACGCCCUAUAUUCCUUGUGCGACUACACCAAUGCGAGGCCGCCUUCCCGUACUUUGAUGGACCCUUUGUUCGCUUUCACCGAAUCAUUCGCUUCGGACCAAAACUUGGCUCAGGCAGUAGUAGCCGCCAACCGAUCGACCGAGGAGACCAAAAAUAUCCAAGCGAAAGCCGGCAGGGCCGCCUACGUUGGCCAGGACCAGUUAAAGGAAGCCAAAGUUCCUGAUCCUGGCGCUUUCGGCGUCAGCAAGAUUCUCGAAGGGAUUCAGUCGGUGAUCGGAAAGCAAUGAGCGAAAUGAUGCCGCAAGAUUCGAUAUCAGGGGCCGAUUCCGCGAUACGAGCGAGCUCCUGCUGUAACGCUUUAUCAAUAAAAAUCGUUCACAAGCAAUCGUCAU